AUCAUUGGCCAGCCCUUCUGAAACAUUACCUCAAAGCUCUCCCGCGGGCUAACGUUUGCUUUCCCACUUAAUCUAACCCAUUCCGACUCAAAUAACCACCCACCACCCACCAUGUACCAUCUCGCCAAGUCGCUGUACCUGCUCGCGCGGCGGCGGGAGGAAUACUCUGUGAUACUCCUGGGGCUGGACAACGCGGGCAAAACGACGUUCCACGAGCAGGCCAAAUCGCUCUUCCUACCCGAGCACCCAGACCCCAAGCUCAAGACCGUGCCGACCGUAGGCCAGAACGUGUCCACCCUCACCCUGCCCGACAUGUACCUCAAGAUCUGGGACGUGGGCGGCCAGAUGACCCUGCGCAAGCUGUGGCAGAGCUACUACGCCAGCUGUCACGCCAUCGUCUUUAUCAUCGACAGCACCGACAUCGGCGACGGGUCUCUCGAGCACGACGGCUCCGGCCGCCUUGAUGAGUGUCGCCUUGUGCUCGAGGAUGUGCUGCAGAAUUCUGAGACGGAGGGCGUGCCGCUUCUGAUAUUGGCGAACAAGCAGGAUCGCGAGGAUUGCGUCGAGGUGGUGCGCAUAAAGGAGGGUUUGGUGAAGAAGGUGUUCGAGGGCGAGAAGGCGUCGAGUAUACGCGAUUCCCGGGUGCUGCCGGUGAGCGCUCUGACAGGCACGGGCGUGAGGGAAGCGAUUGAUUGGGUUAGGUCGAGAGUUAAAUGGAAUAAAGAGUCAAGACCGCCAGUAAUGAGGUGAGGGAAGGAAGGGAAAGGCUCUACAUAACGUUGUGUUAUUCGGGUAAAGUAGCCUUGGGUUGGUUUGCAUUCAGCGUCAUGGAA